GCAAACAUUGGAGCGAGUGGAAGCACCAUAAAAUGUCGCGUUCAUUCUUAGUUGACACCCUUAUAAGUGAUACGAAAGAUACGAAACCAGAAAUGUCCAGUGAUCCAUUGAACUCGUACACUAGUUUAAUGGCGCAUCAUUUCGACACUCGACCGAAGUUUAUACCUUACACGUAUCCGGGAAACCUGAAUAAUCUACUAACUCUUGGAUUGCAACACCCCCAACGUUCGCCAGAUUUGUUUCGACCUUUCUUGGAGCAUUUAAAUUUUCGAUAUCCUCUACUACAUCAGUUGCCACGGCAACCGGACAUAUUUGAUCCAGUUCAGAGUGACCGAAGGCCGUUUGAAAGUUACUUGAAGACUGAAGAGCAAGAACCUAUAAAUUUUGUGAGCAAAAGAAAGAAAUCUGUGUCACCGUACAUGCAUCAUCCUUACAAAUCGACAGCAACAUCGCCAUCAAAGAGUCAAGGUCAGAGGUCCCCAUCAUUAUCGAGCGAAAGCAGAAACGGAACACCAAGCCCUCCUCUAGCACACCCUGAGGAACUCCUACCAGGAUUUUCGAAAGACCUCAAACGUCUUCCAUUGAAAGAGGACUCUAGUAAACGCAUCAGAACAGCCUUCACUGGCACGCAGCUUUUGGAAUUAGAAAGAGAAUUCUCCAUGAACAUGUACCUUUCGAGAUUGAGAAGAAUCGAGAUCGCUUCAAGGUUGAAGCUAUCGGAGAAACAAGUGAAAAUCUGGUUCCAGAACCGCCGCGUUAAGUUGAAGAAAGAAGAGACUCCGUUGAACUCCAGCGAUGGUAGGACCAAGAAGUGCUGUUGCACCAAAACCACAUGUUCCAAAGACCAGUUCGAGUCUCCUUGUGAUAAUGAUCAAGAGCAAAUAGAUGUAGUAAGUGAUAACGACACUAGUUUCGAAUCGCAAACUUUAAUGCAGUAUCGAUAAAUUUAUUGCAAUACAAAUGGAUAAAGACGUUCCGAAUCUGCAGUGAAAAGAACUGUUUCUAAAACGUUAGUGAAUAAUUUAUUACUUAAAAAUUGUAUUUGAAAUAUAAGU